GUGGGUCCCCCGGUGACUCCGGGGCGGGGCUGUGGGGAGGGUGCCCCCCGACUGAACGACUUCUCCGGAAUGGGGGGUGUGGCUGGUCGGCCCGCAGCAUCCGGGUGGGAGAAAGGGUCCGCUGUUACCGGCGGCGCAACCCCCAAGGCCUGCUGCUAGAGAUGCUCUUCCUCUCGUUUCAUGCAGGCUCUUGGGAAAGCUGGUGCUGCUGCUGCUGUCUGAUUCCCGCGGACAGACCUUGGGACCGGGGCCGGUACUGGCAGCUGGAGAUGGCGGACACAAGAUCGGUGUAUGAAACCAGGUUUGAGGCGGCCGUGAAGGUGAUCCAGAGUUUGCCGAAAAAUGGAUCAUUUCAGCCAACAAAUGAGAUGAUGCUCAAGUUCUAUAGCUUCUACAAACAGGCAACUGAAGGACCCUGUAAACUUUCAAGGCCUGGAUUCUGGGAUCCUAUUGGAAGAUAUAAAUGGGAUGCUUGGAGUUCAUUGGGUGAUAUGACUAAAGAAGAAGCCAUGAUUGCAUAUGUUGAAGAAAUGAAAAAGAUUCUUGAAACUAUGCCCAUGACCGAGAAAGUUGAAGAAUUGCUGCAUGUUAUCGGUCCAUUUUACGAAAUUGUAGAAGACAAAAAGAGUGGCAAGAGUUCUGACUUGACCUCAGUCCGACUGGAGAAACUCUCCAAAUAUUUAGAAGAUCUUGGUAAUGUUCUGAUCUCUUCAAAUGCCAAAGCUGUUAAUGGUAAAACUGAGAGCAGUGAUAGUGGAGCUGAGUCUGAGGAAGAAGAGGCCCAAGAAGAGUUAAAAGGAGCAGAGCAGAGUGACAGCAAUGAUAAGAAAAUGAUGAAGAAAUCACCAGAUAAGAAUUUGGAAAUCAUUGUUACCAAUGGCUAUAAGGAUAGCUUUGUGCAGGAUACACACAAUGAUUUUCAUACCGAUUCUUCCCCAAAUGUCAGAAACAAUGAAGAAGCAAAGCCUGUAAAUCAGAGCUUGGAGCAAACUGGAAACACUGUUGUCUAUGUCCACCAAGAUACAAAUGAUGAUCACAGUGAGGAUGCUUCAGGAAUUCAUCAUUUGACAAGUGAUUCAGAUAGUGAAGUAUACUGUGAUUCUAUGGAGCAAUUUGGACAAGAAGAGUAUUACUUAGGUGGUGAUCCCAGUCAGCACUUGGAACGUUCUGGUUUUUGUGAAGAUGCUCAAAUCUCUCCUGGAAAUGGCAGCACUGGGAAAAUACGGAUGGUAGCAAUCGAGGGGAAAGGUGAAGUAAAGCACGGAGGAGAAGAUGGCAGAAGCAGUGGAGCUCCACACCGAGACAAGAGAGGGGGAGAAAGCGAGGACUUCUCUAGUGUUCGAAGAGGGAGAGGGCAUAGAAUUCCACAUUUGAGUGAAGGAACCCAGGGUCGGCAAGUAGGAAGUGGAGGUGAUGGAGAACGCUGGGGCUCAGACCGAGGGUCCAGAGGCAGCCUUAAUGAGCAGAUUGCUCUUGUGCUCAUUAGAUUACAAGAGGACAUGCAGAAUGUCCUUCAGAGACUUCAUAAACUGGAAACACUAACUGCUUCACAGGCGAAAUUAUCAUUGCAGACAAGUAAUCAGCCCUCCUCAUCACAGAAACCAUCUUGGUGGCCCUUUGAGAUGUCUCCUGGUGCAUUAACUUUUGCUAUAAUAUGGCCUUUUAUUGCCCAGUGGUUGGUGCAUUUAUAUUAUCAAAGAAGGAGAAGAAAACUAAACUGAAGAAAAUGGCAUUUUACUCAAGAAGAUUGGCUCUGGAUGACCUAAGAAAUGAAAUGAAUUGUGGAUUUCACAAGAAAAUCUCAGUUUGUGAUGAUUAUAUUUCUUUUCUCCAAUAGUUUGUUUAUAUACAUAUGUAUUCUUUGCACUACACAAAUGGUAACAUUUUAAGGACUAAUAUUGCUGAUACUUGAACAAUCAAUCUCAACUAGGUGUUUUUUUUUUUUAUUGAAAAAAAAUUUUCCGCCUCCUCCCCGCCUCCCAUUUCCCUCCCCCUCCUCCCACCCCUCCCCCCUCCCCCCACUCCUCUUCUUCUCCCUCUCCAGUCCGAAGAGCGGUCAGGGUUCCCUACCCUGUGGAAAGUCCAAGGUCCUCCCCCCUCCAUCCAGGUCUAGGAAGGUGAACAUCCAAACUGUCUAGGCUCCCACAAAGCCAGAAUAUGAAGUAGGAUCAAAACCCCGUGCCAUUGUCCUUGGCCUCUCAUCAGCUCUCAUUGUCCGCCAUGUUCAGAGUCCGGUUUUAUCCCAUGCUUUUUCAGUCACAGUCCAGCUGGCCUUGGUGAGCUCCCAAUAGAUCAGACCCACUGUCUCAGUGGGCGGGUGCACCCCUCGUGGUCCUGACUUCCUUGCAAAUGUUCUCCCUCCUUCUGCUCCUCAUUAGGACCUUGGGAGCUCAGUCCGGUGCUCCAGUGUGGGUCUCUGUCUCUAUCUCCAUCCAUCGCUAGAUGAAGGUUAUGGUGAUAUGCAAGAUAUUCAUCAGUAUGGCUAUAGGAUAGGGCCAUUUCAGGAUCCCUAUCCUCAGCUGCCCAAGGAACUAACUGGGGACAUUGCCCUGGGCACCUGGUAGCCACUCCAGGUAAAAGUCUCUUGCCAACCCUUAGGUGGCUCCCUUAACUAAGAUAUGUGCUUCCCUGCUCCCCUAUCCAACCUUCCUUUAUCCCCAAUCAUCCUGUUUCCCCAAGUUCCCCCCAUCCUCUCCUUCUCACUUUUCUUUCCCCAUCUCCCCUUACCCCCAUCCCAACCCACCCCCAAGAUUCCAAUUUUUUGCCCGGCAAUCUUGUCUACUUCCCAUAGCCAGGAGGAUAACUAUAUGUUUUUCCUUGGGUUCACCCUCUUAUUUAGCUUCUUUAGGAUCACAAAUUAUAGACUCAGUGGCCCCUAUCCAUGGCUAGAAACCAAUUAUGAGUGAGUACAUCCCAUGAUCUUCUUUUUGGGUCUGGGUUACCUCACUCAGGAUAGUAUUUUCUAUUUCCAUCCAUUUGCAUGCAAAAUUCGAGAAGUCAUUGUUUUUUUACCGCAGAGUAGUACUCUAAUGUGUAUAUAUUCCACACUUUCUUCAUCCAUUCUUCCAUUGAAGGACAUCUAGGUUGCUUCCAGGUUCUGGCUAUUACAAACAAUGCUGCUAUGAACAUAGUUGAACAAAUGCUUUUGUCAUAUGAUAGGGCAUCUCUUGGGUAUAUUCCCAAGAGUGGUAUUGCUGGGUCCAGGGGUAGGUUGAUCCCAAUUUUUCUGAGAAACCGCCACACUGAUUUCCAAAGUGGUUGCACAAGUUUGCAUUCCCACCAGCAAUGGAUGAGUGUACCCCUUUCUCCACAACCUCUCCAGCAAAGGCUAUCCUUGGUGUUUUUGAUUUUAGCCAUUCUGACAGGUGUAAGAUGAUAUCUCAAAGUUGUUUUGAUUUGCAUUUCUCUGAUCACUAAGGUGGUUGAGCAUGACCUUAAGUGUCUUUUGGUCAUUUGAACAUCUUCUGUUGAGAAUUCUCUGUUCAGUUCAGUGCCCCAUUUUUUAAUUGGGUUAAUUAGCAUUUUAAUGUCUAGUUUCUUGAGUUCUUUAUAUAUUUUGGAGAUCAGACCUUUGUUGUGGGGUCUCUACUAGGUUUUAAGUAGCAUAUGUAGACUUACUCUUUUUGAGCUUGACAGACAUUAAUUUAUUAUCGUUUAGUAACAUGUUUACCUAAUUUUUUUCUCAAAGAAAUAUAAGCUGCUUUUCUAAGGCACUGUUAUGAUUAUAAGAUUUAUAAUAUUUACUUUUCUAAAUUAAACACAAGAAAGAAUACAACACAAGUGGAUUUAAAUGAGGUUAAAUCAAUUUUGUAUCAGUCACUGAACUGUUCACAGGUAGCUGCAAACUGAUGGAAGAGUCCUCCGCAUUCUUUGUGGUCUGCCCAGUUCAGAAAAUCCUUGUCCUUUGUACUGUGGCCAUUGUCUCACAAAUGAGUCACUGAACAGACUUGAUGAGGGAAAUGAAGAAUAGGCCCAAUGGAUGUGGAAAAGUAUAUUCCAAGCUGACACAGAGAAGUCAUCAGAUUUUUAAUUCAAUCAUAUGCACUUAAUAUUUUUUUUUUUUUUUGGUGAGGAUAUCCAAUGUCUGCUUCAUAGGGUGCUUUGCAAUAAAAUGAAAACUUACUUAUACUGUUUUUACUAAGGAGCAAACGCAUGAAAAUCUUUUUUUUUUCUUCAAGUGGUAAACUCCAGUCUGGAUUCUUAACCUCUUAGUGCCUCAGGUUUUCCUUUGGGGUGUACAUCACAAGGUAUUAGAGGGAUUUUAAAUAUACAUGCCAUCUUUGUUCGCAUAAUUAAGGGAUGCCUAACUAAUGAAACCUAAGUUUCUUUUGUUCUUUAGAUCAAAAUGAAGACUGAAAAUAAUCCUUUUUGUAUAUUUCCCAAAACCUGUGCUUAUACACCUUAUGCUUUGAAGAUGUAAUUUACAAACUUUAUAGCAAAUUCCCCCCCUUUUUUCCUUUUGAGACAGUCUCAGUAGCUCUUGCUACUGAUGUUCCCAUCGUUUCUGGGACCACAGGCAUGCACCACCUGACUAGCUUUGUAUAGUAAAAAAAUUUAAUGCAUUCUUGAUAUGGGAUGUUGGGGGGAUUAGCAUUAGGUAUUGGACAUUUUCAGUAAGAGCAAAAGAAUCCUUCUCUAGUGUAUAGGGUUGUUCUUUGAAGAAAAAAGUAUGACAACAUUAUUUGCUUGUCCCAGACUUCUCAAUUUUUUUUUUUUAAAUUGUGUAUCACAUCUUGGUUGAAAGGAACUACUGGUAUUUGCUUAAGAUAUGAAACAAACAGACCCAAAUCUACCUUCUACUUAUUUAGAAGGAAAAAAAGGAAAUAAGUGAAUUAUCAUAGGUAAAGUAUGGAUCAAGAGUUUAUUUUUUUUAAUUAGACAAGUUGGUAUCAUAAAAUGAUGGCUUUUUUCUUACAUAAAUAAAAUGCAAAUCAAGGAUGUAACAAGUUGUGAUUCAUUGCAAGUAGUCAAGGUAACUAACUCCUAAGGGCAACCAUUUGUAUCAUAUAUCAGAAUUACUUUAUAGCUUGAAAAGCACUUUGCACACAGUCCCUGUAUAUAAUUGAUGUAAUUAUAGGAUAUAAUGGUAAUGCUUUAAAACAUAACCUCAUUUUAAAAAUUGACAGCUAUGGUAUUUUUUUAAUGAUCAGCUUUUCUGUUUAUUGUAAAACUAAGUUAAAAAUAAAAGGUUAAUGAGAAAUGAAAUAUUUUCUUAUUACUGGUUAACUGUAUUGAUUGUGUACAGAACUGAAGCGAGAGCACAUAGGAGCUGCUAUGAAGUAAUCCUGAGUAGCAGGCAGGGGAUAGCAGCUCUCCACAGCACAAGCAUGUGAGGUCCCCAGCAGUUCCCAGAACCAUGCAGAGAAGAAAUUCACGAGACUAAAUGAAGCCAUAUUAUGUGUAAUUUGAUAAAAAUUUCAGAAGUGAAUGCAGUUUAACUCAUUUGUCAUCUGAGGACACCAGUAAUAGUUUAAAAAGAGGUAGGGUUUUACUCUGUAGCUCAGAUUGGCCUCAGCCUGGAAGCAGUCCUCUUGCUUCUGCCGACAAAGGACACAGAAAAGCCAUUUUA